AUGCAGGCUGCCAGUUCCGCCGCAUCGAAAGGUGUGCCAGCUCCCGACAACCUGCUGUACGCCUUCGUCAUGAGCCGCCACGGUCAGCGGACUCCCAUCAUGUGCUGCAAGAAUCUGCCCAAAAACGUUCCCGAAGACCACGGCCAGCUCACCAGGCAGGGCCACGAGCAGACCUUCAAGCUGGGUUUCUUCUUGAGGCUCCGGUACGACGGAUUCCUGGUGGCCGACGAGCCAGACCAGCUGCUGGCCACGCACGUACGCCUGCCGCGGUGUCGGGAGAGCUUGAGCGAGACCGUACGAGGGCUCAACUUUCCCACGUCGACGCCGCUCGAGCUCGACCCGACGCGCUACGACCUGCUGUUCCAGGCGAGCCUUAUCGAGAAUAUCGACUUGAUCCUGCAGGCGCCUGUCGCGCCUCCCGCUCAGGGUGACUUCUCGUGCAUCGGAGAUCUUCUGGCUUUCAUCGCGGAGAAGACCGGAGCGCCCACGCGUGAGAAGCGACAGAAGUUUUUGGUAAUGGACAGCUUGCUGACGUACGUGGCUAUCGGCAACCCGAUCCCCGCUUGGGCGCAGACCAUCUGGAACGUCCUAAUCGACGCAGAUAACAGGAUGUUCGGACUGGCGCUUGCGGGCAACGAGCUACGCUACGCCGAGAACGCGCUCCGAGAAGUCGUGGAGACCCUCUCGCAGAAGUUCGAGCAGGGAGUCGAGCGUCCCGACAGGUUGCACGUCUUCUCGAUGUCCGACUCGAGCGUGUACUCGAUACUGAAGCUGCUCGACACGUCGUACGGCGACCAUCCUUGCUUCUGUGCCAGCGUCUUCUUCGAGGUGUUCGAGGACGCCUCGAAAGCGAAGCGCGUUCAGGUUCUCCUCUCCACGGAGACGGACAAGGACCCGCACUUGGUAGACACCGAUAAACUGAAGAACCCGUGCGAGCUGAAGGAGUUUCUGGGCGUCGUUCGUGACAUCCUGAAGUCUUUAACUGCGCCGCAGCCGCACUUCGCUUACGAUUCGGCAUACAGAGCUGAAAUAAAUUCAUAUGUGACGCAGCUGGUAGUUAGCAAGCUGUGUCACAUGGAGAAACAUCAUGAAGAAAGUGGAGCCAUAGAGUAA